GAGAAAACAUUUGAGAAGGCACAGAUUGGUUUAGUUACUGAUCAGAAUAACCUUCUAUCGACUGAACACAGCGCUCACUCCGGAACGGCAUGAGGACUUCUUUGAUAUUCUUAACCCUUGUUGGGUUCUGUGCUUGCUCAACACCAUGGCAGCCAAACCAACAGUAUGAUUACUCUUACGUGGCAAAUACACUCACCGGCUACGGAUUGGGCAAGGAUCAAUAUGUUGGUAUCAUCACAAAGGGAAAGUUGAUCUUGCAACCUGAAUCUGAGACAGUUGUUCGCGGAAAACUGUCACAGGUUCGACAUGCUCAUUUCCACGAUGAGCUUAAAGACGGCCUCAACAGUAAAAUCCCUGAACAAAAAUUGAGCUACAGCGACGAACCUCAAACCGAGUCCUUGUUCAGCAUCAACUACAAAAAUGGAGUUAUCCGUUCAUUGGAUGUUGAUCAAUCUAUGAGCAAUGACGAUGUUAACCAGCUCAAGGCUGUUCUCUCCCAAAUGCAAGUUGAUACUACUGGCGAAAAUGUCAUUACAUGCCGCCACAAUCAAUUGCCAUCAGACUCCUCAACCAGUGCAACAAACGCUUUCUACAAGACUAUGGAACCCACAGUGACUGGUGAAUGCGAAACUUUAUACGAAAUGUCAGCAGUUCCCGCUUUCAGCGAUGCUGAACCUGCAGAAAAAUGGGCCCCACAAACAGGACUUUCAAUGGACGAAAACCUUUUGCAAUUCGUUAAAACCGUCAAUUACAGCAACUGCGAUGUUCGUCGUGGAUACCAUUUCGGUAUUUCUGGAGCAUCAGACAUGAAGCCAAAUUCAAACCAGAUGGGAGAAUUCCUUUCCAAAGCUUCCGUUACCCGUGUUGUUGUGUCUGGUCCCCUGGAUCGCUUCACAAUCAGAUCUGUGGAAACAACAAACCGUGUUGCUGUUAGUCCAAUGCUCUAUGACGAUGAUCAAGCUGAAGUUGUCAGUCGUAUUGCUCUUGAACUUGAAUCUAUUGCUGCAAUCAACUCUCCUCUGGCAGUCAACUCUGAAAGCCUGAUUCAUGUUGGAAAUUUAGUUUACCGUUACAACAUUCCAUCCGAUAACCAAAAUAACCCAAGAACAUCAGCUAAGAGUGCCAUCAACGGUCAGUACGACGAGGAACAAUAUAACGGUCAGCGUCAACGUCGAAGCAUUGAUUCCGAGAACCAUAUUCGUAAGCAAACCACAUCCUCUUCAUCAUCUUCGUCUUCUUCCGAGUCAUCUGAAGAGUUGAACUCUCCCCACUAUGCUGCCAAAUACCCUCACCACUAUCAACCCCACCCAACAACUAAACAAGCCACUGAACAACCUCUGCAUCCUUUUUCAAUUGGAAACAAAGGAAGAUCAAUCCAAUUCCAUAACUCCGUUGAUGCUGUAGCUGAAGGCCAAAAGCUAGCUGAAGAAAUUUCCACCGAUUUGGAAUCACAAGGAGAGAUCGCUACCCGCGACACCCUAGAGAAAUACACCAUUUUGGCCGAACUCAUCCAAACAAUGGACUAUGAACAAAUCGAUCAGUUACUUGCAUCCCGAAAACAACAACAACAACAACAAGCAGGCAAGCAAUUCCUUGAAGAGACACUCUUAGAUGCUGUUGCUCAAGCUGGUACCAAUCCAGCUGUCUUAUGGAUUGUGAACAAUGUAUCCAAUGGUCAAGUGCGAGGAAUCCAAGCCGCCAGUCUGUUGGAAACAGCUUUUAAGAACUUGCGUACCCCAACUGAACCAAUUGUUCGUGAAAUCUUCGAGAAGAUCAUCAAGAACGAUCAAGUUCGCAAGCAAGCAGGACCAGGACAGUACCCAAGCAUCCUCAUUAAUUUUGCUGAUUUGUUGCGUCGUGCUUACUCUGACAAGAGCUACGCAAACAACUACUACCCUGUGCAAUCAUUUGGCUCAUUCGAAAAAGCUCUCGGUGAGAUUGUCACCAAGGAAAUUGUGCCCUGGUUGGGACAACGUUUGGCCGACAACAUCAACAACAAGAACCAACAACGCAGCCAGAAGUACAUUCGUGCUUUGGGUAAUGUUGCCCAUCCCAAAAUCGUUGAAGUUUUCGAAACCUACCUGGAAGAUGAGAAACGUGCUUCAUCAUUUGAACGUUUGGCUAUUGUUGCUGCCUUUGAUAAACUUGCCCAGUCAUACCCUAAGUAUGCACAAAAGGUCCUCUAUAAAAUCUACAGCAAUGUUGCUGACGAACCAGAAAUCCGUAGCAUGGCUGUAGCUCUUUUGAUGCGUACUGACCCACCAGCAGCUAUUCUUCAACGCAUGGCAAUGUCAACAUACAACGAACCCAGCAUCGGUGUUAGAACCACAAUCAAGUCCGCUAUCAACUCCGCCGCUCAACUAACAUCAAGUGAAAAUGCUAACCUUGCUGCCAAUGCUAAGGCCGCUCAGCAGUUCUUGAACCCACACACUUAUGGUCUUCAGAACUCAAAGUCUUCACUAAGAGACCAUGUAUCCGAGGUUCUUCAGAUUUCAGAAGAAUUCCAAAUGACUCACAUCAUGGGACCUGACAGCACCUUCCCUAAAUUGAUGAGUUAUACUUCUUGGAAAAACUAUGGAGGCAUUAAUAUGAAUGAUAUUGAUGUUCAAGCCCUAAUGUCCAGUGUACAAAAUGUAUGGGAUGCUCUUGUUUCUGAUGGAAAAUCCAACACUGCUGAAUCCCAAAAGUCCACCUACUCUGCACACAAAAUCAUCAAACAACUUGGAAUCAACUUUGGCUCUGAAAACAACAACGAAGUAGCUGGACAACUCCUCUUCAAGAUGUUGGGUCGCAAGAACUUCGUAUCCUUUGACGAAAAAACCUUGAAAUCAGCUCCUGUUCAACUUGCUGGCAUCAUUCAGAAAAUAAUGUCCGGUCACCAAUUGCACUUCAACAAAAUCUACGACCAUCAACAAAUUGAGGUUGCCUUCCCUCUGGCUACCGGUUAUCCAUUCUACUACAGUUUCAAGGCACCUAUUUUGGUACAAACUGUCGGAGAUGUUAAGGCUAAGACCACACCAAGUCUUGCCAAUGCACAGGCCUGGUCCAACAUUCACGAUACACAAGCAAUCAACGUUACAUCAAAGGUGCGUUUCACUUUCAGCAUGGAAAAGAUUGGUAAGGCUGGUUUCAUCACACCUUUCGAACGUCAACGCUAUGUUGCUGGUCAAAUUCAAAAGAUGCAAGUCCAUAUGCCAAUGAGUGCAAACCUAAACAUUGACUUGAAGAACAACGCAGUAUCAGGAAAGGUUGCUCCAUUAGCUACUGACAACAAAGUUAAGCUUAUGCACUUCAGUUCAUGGCCAUUCACUGCUCGCAAGAACGCCCUCAGCCUACGCCCAGUUGCUGAAGCCCAAGAGGUCAAAUUGAUCGAGGUCCGUCCAACUGUCGGAGACGAAACAACAUUUGGUCAAGACUCUAUCGGUAUGGCUUUCCACGUUAGAUCCCAACAUCAAUUCUCACAGAAUGCUGUCAAUGCUAUGGAACGCUUGCUUCAGAACGAAGGAGUCAAGCAAUACGCUCAACUUCCAAUGAGUCUCAUAUUGACAAUGGAAUCUUUGGUCAAGCAGCAAAAUAUUGUCAACCCUGUACAGUUCUUGCCUUACUUGUUUGAGCCAACAACUCAAAGCACAUCUUCCGGAAAUAUUGUACUCUCCCUGCUCACAAUGCCUUUCUAUCAAGACAUGGACAACACAGGAUUGACCAAACUUCGUGCUGCUUUGUCCUUGGCUUCUUUGCCAUUUGCCGAUGCAAGUGAGUUGAAAGAAACUACUCAAGCAGAAGACAUCUCUGCAAACGGACCAUGGCCAAAGAGUGGACUGGCUCACUACAAAUUCACUCUGCACUUAGAUUUGCAACGGUCUGCCAAUCAAGCUGUGAAAUUCGGUGUUCAAUUUGACAACCAACCCGAGAUCAACGAAUCAAGCAACAACAAGCGUUCGCGUUCUGACAAACCACUUUCCUCUACUGAUGAAUCCAAAUUGGCUCUGGUCUCUGAUAUUGCACCAAACAGUGAGUCUCGCCGCGAGGAAAUGAUUUGGAAUGCCGCUCGUGAUAUGAAUCAAGCAUCUGCUGGACUUAUUGAUUCUGCAUUAGUCUUUGAUGGAUCAAAGCCCGCCAAAUUCGUUGGAACCAUUGCUCAAGCUGACAACUCUGUUGGAGACAAGACCCGCGUUUUACUUUUCGGAAGUGCAAAGACUGCCACUGGAGGCCCAGCCAAGCAAGUGUAUGCUUCUUACAUCAGAAACUUUGCCAACACACCUGCCCUUAACUUCUACAAUGCCCAAAAGCACAACGGAAAAUCCAACGCUAAAUUGACAGUAAUUCUCGGAGAGGGAGGCAAACCCAAGAACUCUAAAAUCAAUGUCAAGAUUAUCAUGGAUCAAACAAACAACUACCAACAACAACUCCUCCAAUCGCCAAUUUCCCAAGAAUGUGAACGCCAAAUGCGCGAAGAGGGCAACAACCAGAUGCCAGCCUGCUUAAAGGCAACCUACCAGGCCAAUCUCCUUGACCAAUUCCAUAUUAUUGCCGAAACUGAACAACCAACUUCUGAUGUUAAGAGCUUUGCACAAUCUAUCUACUCUGUCCUGAACCACUGGGGAUAUUACAACAAUAAACUUGAUCAAUCAAAGAAGGGACAACCCGGCAAAUUAGAUGCCAAGAUCAAUUUCGAUGUCCGCCAGCAUUUGAUGAACAUGACCAUUCAACUUCCAACUGGACAACAGAACUUCACUGGACUUCCUAUUCCACGUAACGCUCGCUACCUUUUAGCAGUUCACCCAGGAAUGAAUCUUGAAGAACGCACCAUGCGCACCAUGACUCGCAACUCUGAGGUGUGCGUAAUCGAUCAAACCAAAAUUUUGACCUUCGACAACGAAAUAGCCGAACACCAACAAAUUGGAAAGUGCUGGUACGCUGUGCUCCAACACAUUAAGCCAACUAAUACUCAAGAUGAGCUCUCAGUUCUCGUUCGCCAAGCUAACGAAGGUGGCAACAAGAGACAAGUUCAAAUUGUUACCGCAGGACAACGCAUCCAGCUUUCGCCAUCGAACACACCUAAUACUCCUGCCCUCGUAACUGUUAACGACAAACCACAACAAGUUUCCCAGAAAUCUUCUAUCGAUGUUCACGCAUCGAUGUCGCACUCCAGACAAAACAGCCAGGAGAAACAAUUGGUCGCCCGCAUCUAUGCCAUCUCAGAAAAUGAUCUGAAGGUUGAAUUACACGGAGCUGAAGUUAAGAUCUAUUACGAUGGAGAAAGAGUACGAGUACAUGCCGAUCCAAAAUUGCGCAACCAAGUUGCCGGUCUUUGCGGAAACUACGAUGGAGAACAAAACAAUGACAUUGCCACACCAGAACAAAAAGUUCUACAAAACCAAGAACACUACACUCCAGCCUGGGCAGUAGCCGAUGAGACAUGCGAAUCGGAUGUGCAACAAGCACAACAAAGAGCACAGUCAGCUCGUUCUUACAAAGUCCAAUAUCAAGCUGGAAACGUAGUUAGCAACUUCGAAAAUGGAAAGAAAUUCCAAGGCAAACGCCAAUCUGACAGUCAAUGGCAAAGCUCAUCUUCUUCAUCUUCUGAAUCAAAUGAACACCAACAUGGUAAAUUCGCAAGCAAAGCUGCUCAAAAGCAAGGCAACAAACCAUGUGAAGUAACCAAACGAGUUCAGUUCCUUGCUCAAGGACCAUCAUACUGCUUUACCACAGUUGAGGUUAAUGCUUGCCCAAGUCACUGCGCUAAGAAGGAUCAAGUUACUAUCGAGGUUCCAGCUCAUUGCCGUGGAAAACAGGAUUCUGUUGCCAACAUGUUUGUUCAACAAAUUCGUCGCGGUUCAAACCCAGAUCUUAGCUCCAAGCCUGUCACACAAACAAUCCAAAUCAAUGUUCCAAGAGAUUGUGCUAACAAACAAUAGAUACUAACAUUGAUAACCUAACUCUUUAUUAAAAAAAAAAAAAAACUUUUUAUUUUUCUAAAGAAUGUAAAAAUCAUUUUAAAAAAGCAAUACGCUUAAAUAAAGCGACCUAUAAAAAAUUACUGUUUUACUCA